AUGGACAACCAACCGCAAAGAAACUGCAGAGAAAAAGCUGUGGAGAAGCCUCAAGAAGGGAGGUUAAAACAAGAGAGAAAAGAAGGGCUACAUGAAAAGCAACAGGCACUGCCAACAUCCCCUGCCUCACCACCUUCAGCAUCAUCAUCUCCUUCUCAUGAGUUCUCCUUCACAAUAUCUCUCCACUCUACCUCAGCGCCAGUCCCUGAUAAGGUAAAAACCCCUCCUAAUUCAUUUGCUAUUGAUUUGUCUCCAGCAGAUGACAUUUUCUUCCACGGGCACCUGCUUCCUCUCCAUCUCCUCUCACACCUUCCUGUAUCUCCUCGCUCGUCCACAAAUUCGUUAGACAGCUUUACUCUACCUAUCAAGGAAUUAUCAGAUGAUCAAAGACCCAGCAAAAGUACCAACAACUACAGCACCAGCAAUGCAAAUGGCAAUAGCGGUAGCAGUAGCAACAGCAAUAACUGCAGUCACCAUCAAAGCAAAAACUGUAGUGAGACAAAGGGAAGAAACAAGCCCAAGUCGUUCUCUUUAUUCGGUUGGCGUAAAGGGUGUGAAGUUAAAGAAAAGGAAGAAGACAAGGAUAAGCACAAGAAAAGGCUAAGGUUCGACGUAAGUCAGGUGCUGAAGAGGUAUGCCAGAAUGGUUAGGCCACUGAUGUUCUUCAAAGGAAGGAGAGAAAAUCUCCGAUUCCACAGGCAACCUUAUUCAUUUUCAGGUAAUUUAAGUUGGAGAAAUAAGCAGGAUUUGCGAGGAAGGAGAGGAGAGUACUCAGCACCGGCAUCGAUGAGGACAUCUCCAUCAAACAGUGGCCUUCUUCUUGCAACUGCAGCUCUUCCUUCUUCUACUAGUGAUAGUACCAUGGAAGAGUUGCAGGCUGCUAUUCAAGCAGCAAUUGCUCAUUGCAAGAACUCAAUUGCUGCAGAAGAAAAGAUCAAAUGUUAA